AUGCACGCUGCAGUCACAGAGGCGCAAGGCCUCUCCGAGGAGUCGAGGCAGAGGCAGCAGAGGACAGCAGAGAUCCUCCAGCAGUAUCAUCGCGUCGCUGAUGACGCCAAGCGCAAUGUGGACACAGCUCUUGCUUUCUUGGACGUGCGAGGUCCAGAUGUCAGUGCGCAGGAGACCAUGCAGGGAAGUGGCAUGCCCGCGAGGAGCGCGGCAGUGGACACGUCAAGUUAUCAGAUGCUGAAAGAGAACUUUGAGGAAGAGUUGAACAAGGUGCGCAGCAACUACGAGGAGGCACUGAACGCGGCGCGAGGUCAGCUGAACGAGCUCUGCGACCAGUACGAGCGACUUCAGGCAAGUCAAGACCCGACCCGUAGACUCCAGAGCUCCAUGCAGAUCCGUCAGAUCACAGAGAGAAGGGACAAGCUGGUGGACCAGGUCAGGGCGGAGACGGAGCUUCGUCUCAAAUCGGAGAGCUACAUGAAUCAGGCUCUUAUCGUUGUCGCUCGUCUGACCGGACAAAACCUGCAUGACAUCUCGCCUGAGAGCAUUCUCUUCGGCGAGCAGCUCGACAGGGGGCAACACGUGCUACAGCAUGGUCGAUACGUGAUCGAGAUGAAGAGCAAAUUACGGAACAAGCUCACGUCCUUGAUGGAAGUAGAUUUCCGUGUUCGCACGAAGCUCAUUCUGCAGACCUGCUUGCAUGCAUGGACGAGGUUGGCUCGUCGGAGGCGCGUCCUCGCUCGCUGCUAUGAGAGGAUCUACUUGAAGCAUGUCGUCCUCGUCAAGCUCGUCGCCUUCAAGCGCUGGCGUGUCUCUACCAGCCAGGCGAGACUGAAGGCGAGGAAGCAUGCCAAGGCCCUCUCGCAUCGCCCGAGUGAGACUAACACGACUAGCGUGGUCGAGCUGUGCCUCGAAGCGCCGCCUCUGCUUCUUGCUGACUUGCCCACAGACAAGUUCCUGAGAAAAGUCCUGACAAGGGUCGGUUUCACAAGAUGUUUCGGCGUUGGAGUGGCAACUGCCGACUGGCCAAAUUUCGGCUGCGGAAGGGGACGAAGUUACAAGUCGAUGCUGUGGAUCAGAGCUGAGAGAACGAAGCUGAAGGCGAUCAUGGGUCAGUGGUAUCACUGCCGAUACAAGUUUGGCUCUGUCAGAGCGCUGGCGUUUCGGCAUCUGAGGAGCGUCGUCUUCGAAGCUUUCGAACGCUGGUCGGUGGGGUAUGCGAGGCACCUGCUGUCUCUGAAGCGAUCGCUGAGGUGCGUCAAGAAGAUCGUCGCAUUGCGGCGCGGGCGAUUUUUGAGGAUGUGGAAGAAGAUCGUGAACGAGAGCAAGCAUGAGAGCCUGGUGGAGGAGAUGAACGUCAAGCAUGAGAUGCUUGCUGAAGUGCGAAGAGAGCUCAAGGACAGCAAGGAGAGCAACCUUGUGCUGAGCAAUCGAGUCGCCGUCCUCGAGAGCCAGCUGUCUCAGAGCCUCGGAGAGAAGCAGCUCCUCCUUGGGCGGUUGAAGAAGCUGGAGGAUGCUUUCGAGGAGCAGGAGAGGGCUACGCUCACUGCCGCGGGCAUCGUGGAGGAGGCGAUGAUGCAAGUCUCUUCGGAGAGCGGAGCAGGCGCAGCGAAGCUGAUGGCGCUCUACAAGCGGGUGCAGGAGCUGGAGGGUCAACUUCAAGGAGCCAACAUGAUGAACAAGAGGCGAGUUGAGUUGAGCCAUAGCUGGGGUAUGUCUGAAGUCAAAGUCUCAGGCUCGAAACUCUAUUGCGACAGUUUGGAAGCGCAUCAGGUAAUCGAACGGGGAGAAGGAUGGGGAGGGGGGGAGGAAGGAGGAAGGGGGAUAGUAGCAGCCACGAUGGAGAGCUCUUCAGGCUCUAGAAAGAAUUACUUCAACCGUCUCGCGGACUUACGUCGCUUCGAUGACGAGCAGUAG